CAGAUUGAGGCGGCCGUGUGUGUCUGAGCUCCACCGACUCGCAGGAUGACCGGGAGGACAUGGAGGGAGGCCAGCCUCGUCCAGCAGACCUUUGCCCUGCUGCAGAAGAAUCUUCUGGUACAAUGGAGGCGCCCCGGACAUACGGUGCUGGAGUGGCUCCAGCACUUGGCACUGGUUUUCCUGCUGUUCAUAGUGAUGGUUAUACAUGACUAUCCGCACCCGAGGACUUACGUACAUUCUGAGGUCCUGGGAGACCUGAAUGGAUUCAGCAACAAGAGUUUUUCAGUUGGCUACGUUCCUAAAUCCCCGGCCAUCCGAGACAUAAUGCAGAGAGUCAACAGAACAACCAUCAUCAUCCCAGGAAUAUCUCUGCAUGAAUUUCAAAACCCUUCUGACCUCCCCAACGCAACUGAAGAGCAACAUGAGACUGUCAGUGUGGACUUUGAGAACGAGUUUACAUAUUCUAUCAGAUAUAACCUGUACAGAAUCCCGAGCCCCAAUGAGCUCAUAACUGACAGAGGUAACUGUGAAACUUCACAAUAUUGCAGACCAAUGAAGUACUGGAGCUCCGGGUUCAUCUCUCUACAAGCCAGCAUUGACUCUGCCAUUGUUGAGCGGAACACCAAGCAGUCACUAUGGGAUGGAAUGGCGACCACAGAGGUGGUGAAGAUGAAAUCGGUGGAUUUCAUUGAGAAGACAAUUCUGUACAUGGGCGCUUUAACGUUUUACAUGAGCAUGUGCUUCGUCUCGCUGUCAUAUCUCAUGACGCUGCAGAUUACCCGGGAGAGGAGGAAGACCAGAGAGCUGAUGAGGAUGAUGGGACUGAAGGAUCUGGCGUUUUGGUUGUCUUGGGGGUUGCUGUACACCGUCAGUGCCCUCAUCAUCGCCACCCUCAUGGCUCUGAUCGCCACCACUUAUGUGUUUCUGGAAAGUUCAUUUGGAAUUAUUUUUCUGCUCUUCUGCCUCUAUGGCGUAGCAACGGUCUGCUUUAACUGCAUGCUGAGCACCCUCCUCAGGAAGCACCGCCUGGCAGCCAUUCUGGGAUUUUUCAUCACUAUCUUCCUGUCCGCGUUGGGCAUCCUGCCGCUGAUGAAAAUCCUUCCCAAACCUCUGGAAGUUUUUCUGAGCAUUUUUCACCCCUUCUCUUUCGCCGUCGGGAUCACAGAGAGCAUUCACAUGGAAAAUGACCUUCAAGGGGCCUACUUCUUGGACAUCGGUGAUGACUCCUUCCAUAUGUUAUCCAGUGCCAUCUACCUAGCUCUGGACUCCAUACUUUAUAUCCUCCUCACUCUCUAUUUCGACAAGAUUAUUCCUGACAAACACGGAGUGAGACACGAGCCGCUCUUUUUUCUGAGACCUUCAUUCUGGUCAAAGAAGAAGAAGAUGUCCCCCAUCCCGCUAGGAGAAGGAGAGAACUUGGGGCCAACCUGUGGUGACUAUGUAGAAAAAGUUCCUGCUGAGUUACUGGGAAAGGAAGCCAUCAGGAUAACUAAUGUAAAGAAAAAGUACAGCGGCAAGGACAAGAAUACAGAGGCACUACAAGGUCUGGAUCUGGACAUCUACGAGGGACAGAUCACAGCGUUACUCGGUCACAGCGGAGCUGGAAAGACAACGUUACUGAAUAUACUCAGCGGGAUGUGCGGAGCCACCGGCGGAUCAGCUAAUAUCUAUGACCAUCCGCUAUCAGACCUCAGUCUUCGUCAGGAGAUCCGGAGAAAGAUCGGAUUUUGUCCGCAGUUCGAUGUCAACUUUGACCUUCUAACAGUGAAGGAGAACUUGGAGGUUUUUGCUAAGAUUAAAGGAGUUCAUAGAAGUAAAGUCAAAUCGGAGGUAGAAAAGGUUCUUUGUGACCUGGACAUAGAUAACAUUCAAGAUGUGAGAGCCAAUAAGCUGAGUGGCGGUCAGAGGAGGAAGCUGACCCUGGCGAUUGCUCUAUUAGGAGACCCCGAGGUAAUCUUCUCAAGUGAACCGACGGCUGGUCUUGACCCGUUCUCCAGGCACCGCGUAUGGUCCAUUCUUAAAGAGCGUAAAGUUGGCCACGUUACCCUAUUCAGCACGCAGUUUAUGGACGAAGCGGACAUCCUGGCGGAUCGUAAGGCUGUGCUCUCUAAUGGGAGGCUGAAAUGCGUUGGAAGCUCUUUUUUCCUAAAGCGGAAGUGGGGCAUCGGAUAUCACUUGAGGAUCCAGAUGACUCCACCAUGUGACACAGAGGCCAUCGCAUCCCUCAUAAAGCAUCACAUCUCCAACGCCAAACUCAGCACACAGAAUGUUGAGGAUGUGACGUUCACCUUGCCGUUCGAGAACAUGGAUGCCUUCCCAGCUCUGUUCUCUGACCUGGACGGACAUGUGGGGCGAGACAUUGCUAGUUACGGUGUCUCUGUUACCACAUUGGACGAUGUGUUCCUGAAACUGGAAGGGGAAGCUGAGAUUGAAAAAGGAGAUUACGGUGUUUUUUCGCAUGAACAAAAUGAAGACGAGGACCGGGAUCACUUCUCCUCGGAGCCGGAGGAUUCAACUCUUCUGAUGUCGGAUUCCGGAACUCCCACCGUCAGCGGAAUGGCCCUGUGGAGACAGCAGGUGUUGGCCGUGGCGAGGAUCCGAUACCUGAAGCUUAUCCAUGACAUGAAAGUCUUUCGAUCCAUACUUCUUCUGCUGGUGCUGUUCAUCAUUCCCCUGAUUGUCAGCGCCAUAAUUAUUAACAUUUUCGAGUCCAUGCACACAUGGGAGCUGACUCCAAACCUUUACUUCCGAAGAUCCGGAGAUCGGCCCCACAAGUACUUCACCAAUCUUCUGCUCGUCAACAACACCGGUCUCCCCAUUGAAAAUGUUGUUCGUGGUAUCAUGGCUCAAGAUAUCACUGUGGAUGUUGUGGACGGUCCUUAUGACGAGAACACUACAGCCUACAACGGCGCUAUAGAGGUCACCGGUGGCAAUGAGGGUUAUGGAUACAAAAUAAUCGGGAACCCCAGAGCCCACAAUAUCCUCCCGGUCCUGAUCAAUAUCAUUAGUAACGCCUAUAUGAGGAUCUAUAACUCCACGGAGAGGAUCAGAGUGUGGGCCCAAACAGAUUACUUGCAUUACUCAAAGUUCCUGGUGGGAAUACCGUGGAUGAUUUAUGCGUCCGGCCUUGCCCCCCACUUUGCAAUGAGUAGCAUGCAGGACAUGAAGAUCAAAGCGCGUUCCCAGCUACGCAUUUCGGGUCUUUUCCCGUCUGCGUACUGGUGUGGACAAGCCCUGGUGGACAUCGCCCUCUAUUGGCUGCUCCUUUUCCUGAUGGUCGCCAUCUUGUUUUCAUUUAACCCUUCCAUCCGUCUGCCCUUCAGUGCCGCCAUGCUGCUGAUCGGUGAAAUUUUGGGUUACGGCAUGGCCAUGGUCCUCUAUGUUUACUUAAUAGCAUUUGUAUUUGGGAAAAGAAAAAUUCACCAUGAUCGGUGGUCCUUCUGCUUUAUUUUGACCUCCUUCCUCUGGCUAUUCCUCAGCACCUCAAACAUCAUGUUCAGGGCAAUAGAAAUAGAAAUGAAUGUAAUCUACUUGUUCUUGGUGCCGCCCAGCAACUUGAUGAUGUUUAUGAUCAGCUUGGCUUUCCUUCAUGGACCGUUUCCUUACUUCUAUCCAUUUGUGUACGGCCAACUGGCAAUUUCUCUGCUUCCUCUUCAGCCGUACGUUCAAGUUGUCAUAUUCUGGGGCCUCCUGUGGUUUUUGGAAUGGCGGAUUGGGAGCAGAAGUUUAAAGCAAGAUCCGGUAUUCAGAUUUACCAAGAGAGAACAUCCAUUUACCCAGAAUCCCGAGGAGCUUGACGACGCCGACGAGGAGGUCCUGGCUGAGAAAGAAAGGGUUAACGCUCUGAAAACAACAGAUCGGGCUGAGGAGAGGCCGGCCAUCCUUGUGGACAGUCUGCGCAAAGAGUUUGAGGAGAAGUCAGGCACCUGCGGAUGUAUCAAGAAGAAGAAGAAGAGAACGGCCGUCAGCCACACCUCGUUCUGCGUCAAGAAAGGUGAAGUUCUGGGACUUCUGGGCCCCAAUGGAGCCGGGAAGACCACGUCUGUGCUGAUUCUGGCUGGAGAGAUGAAGCCAACGGCUGGACAGGUGGUGCUGGGCAAUGCAGGGGACUCUCGGGGGACUGAAGAGUCUGGAUCACUGGGCUACUGUCCACAAAACAACCCUCUCUGGCCAAACCUCACUGUGAAGGAACAUCUGGAGAUCUAUGCUGCGGUGAAGGGCAUGAAGAAAGAGGACGCAAACUACGCUAUCAAACGGGUGAGUGAAGCUCUGGAGAUGAAGGACCAUCUCAAUAAACCUGCCAAGAAGUUGUCAGCCGGGGUCUCCAGAAAGGUGUGUUUUGCCAUCAGCAUGCUGGGUAAUCCCACCAUCGCUCUACUGGAUGAACCAUCAACUGGUCUGGACCCAAAAGGACAACAAAGGCUUUGGAGAGCCAUCCGAGCGGCCUUCAAGAACAAGGAGAGAGGCGCCAUUCUGACCACACACUAUAUGGAAGAGGCCGAGGCUGUGUGUGACCGCGUCGCAAUCAUGGUGUCUGGAAAGCUCAGGUGUAUCGGAUCCAUCCAGCAUCUGAAGAGCAAAUAUGGUAAAGGUUACCUCCUGGAGAUCAAACUGAAGGACACCCAGCUGGUAGAUGUGAUCCACCAGGAGGUCCUCCGCCUCUUCCCACAAGCCGCCAGGCAGGACAGGUUCUCCUCAUUGUUGGUCUAUAAGAUCCCGAUGGAUAAUGUACGGUCUCUGUCCCAGGCCUUCUUACAGCUGGAGAAUGCUAAGCAAGCCUAUGACAUGGAGGAGUACAGCUUCUCCCAGUCCACCCUGGAGCAGGUCUUCCUUGAGUUGGCUAAAGAGCAGGAGAAGGAAGACUUCCACUUGGAUUCCUCGUUCCGAUGGAAACAGCUGAAGAGUGAAGAGAUUUAAUGUUCUCUAUAAUGUGAUUAUUAUUAUCUGC